AGCAGUGAUAGCACUAUCAUUACGAUUUAAGUAUUAUAAAUUGUUCUGUGGUAUUAGCUGAAGAUUUAUAAUUAAUACUUAUUACUUUUACUUUUUAAUUUUAAUAUUUAUAAAUUAAUUCCCAGUAGAAAAAGCAGAAGUUUAUUCAAGAAAAUGCUUGACAUAGAUGGAAAAACUCAUGAAAUGUUAAUAAACAAUUACAUUUCAAACCUUAAAAUAAAGAAAUGGGAAAGUAAUUAUGUAAUUGCAGAAAAAACUGUUCAGCUUUUUAGACAUUUUAUUGAUACAAUUAAUUGGUCAACAACUAUAGAAUUACUAAAUCAAUUGAGAGAAUAUGGAUUCCAAAUCACAUCAGCAUUACCACUACAAUUUAUUGUUGGUAACAUUAUCAGACGAAUUUUAAACAUUGUUCGGGAAGAAUACACUGCUGCUAGAAAAAGUUCUGAAGAAGAAAUUGAUGUACAAGACUCAUUACAUAAAAUAGUUACAUCUGAAGAUGAUGUUGAUGACUAUAAUAGCAUUGUCCCUGAACUUAAAUUAUCAAUUUUUGAACAUUUAGAUGAAUUUCAAAUGGAGAUAGAAUCCAGCAAUGAAGAUAUUUCUAAACAAGCGCUUGAACAUAUUCAUUCAAAUGAAAUUAUUCUCACUGUUGGAAAAUCAUCUGAAGUUGAAAUGUUUUUAAAAGAAGCUGCUAAAGAUAGAAUUUUUGAAGUGUUCAUAACAGAAUGUUCCCCCUUAAAUCAUGGGAGACAAUUAGCUCUAAAUCUCUCAAAACAUAAAAUUCAGUCAACAUUAAUUCCAGACUCCACAAUGUUUGGCAUAAUGUCUAGAGUGAACAAAGUAAUUAUUGGGGUUGAUUCUGUUAUGGCCAAUGGAGGUCUUAGAACGUUCAAUGGUUGUCAUGCUGUUGCUUUAGCUGCAGCUCAUUACUCUGUUCCGGUAAUAGUCUUAGCACCAAUGUAUAAACUGAGUUCACGCUACUUAUGUUCAUACAACCAGGAUGCUUUCAAUGAAUUUGUUUCACCAGCGGGAGUUCUGAAUUAUUCAGAUUCAGUAGUAUCAAAAGUUGAUGUUUACAAUCCUACAUAUGAUUAUGUCCCUCCUGAAAAUGUCACUCUAUUCAUUUCAAAUAAUGGUGGCCAUUCUCCUUCAUAUGUCUACAGAUUAUUAUCUGAAAUAUAUCAUCCGCUUGAUUAUGAUUUAUCUGUUCAAAACAAAUAAAAUAUUACUCAAUGGUAUGUUAUUUUGUUGCUUUUGAAUUAAUAUUGGAUGUUUAAAAAAAAACCAUUUGUAAAAAUUAAUCAACAUUGUAUUAUACAAAUUACUUAAAUCAGAAA